AUGGUAGCCAAUGAUUGUUAUGCCAUAUUAGGUGUUAAGUUGACAGCUACAGAAGAUGAAAUUAAAAAAGCAUAUCGGAAAAAAGCACUUCAGUAUCAUCCAGAUAAGAAUUCAUCUAAAACAGCUGAAGAAAUAUUUAAACAAAUUAACAAAGCUUACGAAACACUAAGUGACGCAGAUAAACGUCGAACAUAUGAUUUACAACAGCAAACUACUAAUACAAAAUCUUCAUCGUCACAUCAUCAUAAAAAUGAUUCAUCAUUUCAUUCAUCAAAUCAAUCAUAUUUUACAUCAGCAAAUAAUAAUUCAUCUCGUUUUCAUUUCCAUGAUCCAUUUUUUGACGUUCAUCAACGACAUGCUCAUUUUACUCGUAAAUUUCAUUCGCCAAAAUUUGCAUUUUUCGAUACAAGUUUUGGUUCAUCAUCAUCAUCGGAUGACGAAAAUAAUUAUGAUUAUGGUCGUUUUGAUUCAAUGCCAUCAGCAUUUCAUUCUAGUCAAAAUCAUUUUCGAAGAAAAACUCGAUCGAAAUGGAGUCAUCCUUGGUCAUUGGAACAUGAUCCAUUUAUGAUGUUUGAAAUGUUAACACGAUCUAUAUUUGAUCAGUUUUUGCACGAUGAUUUAUUUUCUCAUCAUUCAUCAAGCCGUUUACGUAGUGCGUCGCAUCAACAACGAGCAACAUCGGCAAAUCGCACGAAAAUUCCUGUUAAUCAUGUAACACCAACAUCAAAAUAUAGAAAUGAUGUCAAACGAACAACAUCAGCAGCGACACGUUUCAAUCAUAAAGAUAGUGACGAAGAAAAUGUUGACGAACAUUUUGUAUUUCAACAAAAAAAACCAACAACAAACAGUGAUCAUCGUUUUGGUCGAUCUACAAUAGAUAAUAAGACGAAUAAUAGACAAAAAUUAGAAACAUGUCAAUAUUGUUUUUAUCCCUUAACAUCAUUAGGAAAUCUUGUAAAACAUGAAGCCGUUUGUCGUCAUCGUUCGGAUCGAGAUAAAGUCUAUACAACCAAAUGUACGUAUUGUGAUCAAAAUAUUCGUUUAAGUGAUUAUCUUAAUCAUGAAGAAAUGUGUAAACAAUUUGGAAUAAAACGUCCAACAUCGGAAAAUAAACAAUAUUACAAUCCAUUGUCUUCAAGUCUUAAUAUCGACAAUCAAUCUACUUCAAAAUCAUCAUUCGGUGGAUUAUCAAAUGACAUUAAUCAAUUGCGUACAUGUAAUCGUUGCCAUCGAAUAUUUCCUGUCUUAUCUGAUUUAUUCAAUCAUACAUGUGAUGAUGACGAUGAUUUAAUUUCAUCAAAAUCGACUACGCCUGCAGCAAAAUCCGACAAUAAAAUGACGCACGACAAUGCUUCUUUCCUAGAUAAAAUUUCUUCGACAUCGCCCAAGUCUUUCAAAAUAAAUCUUCAUUCAUCAUUCAAUAAGUCUUCUACACCAACGCCGAAUACACAUAAAUUAGUCUCUCCACUUUCACCACCAUCAUCACCAAUAACAAAACGAACUGAUUCAACAUCGAUUCCUGUAAACUCAGUUAAUGAUAUAAAUAAUACGAGUCUACUAUCAUCACAAACCGAGCACAUUCCUGUUUUAAAACGACCUUUAUUUCGACCUAAUAUCAUAAAUUCACCUGAUAAUCAGCAGCAACAACAACAUUCAUCUAGUGCCUAUAUUUAUUUAAACAAUUCGAGAUCACCAUUACGUGUUAAUUCUUAA